GCAAUGCCGGUGGCGGUUUGGGAUCGAGGCAGGAGAAGUCUGUGGGUGGGUCAUGAGUGAGUGGUUCUCUCUUUCUCUCUCCCUGGCAGGCCUGUUGCCAUCAUGGCUGAGAGGGCUUUCCCGAAUCCCUUUGCAGACUAUGACAAAUCCUUGGCCGCAGGAUACUUUGAUUCUUCAGGGAGGCUCACUCCUGAAUUCACUCAACACCUGAACAAUAAGAUCAAGGAGCUUCUCCAGCAGAUGGAAAGAGGCCUGAAUUCUGCAGACCCCAGGGACUGUACUUGUUAUACUGGCUGGGCAGGCAUUGCUUUGCUAUAUUUUCAUUUGCAUGAGGUAUAUGGAGACCCAGCCUAUCUUCAGAUGGCUCAAGAGUAUGUAAAGAAGAGUCUUAGUUGCUUGACAAAACGAUCAAUCACUUUCUUAUGUGGUGAUGCUGGACCUUUGGCAGUGGCUGCAGUGGUAUAUCAUAAACUACACAAUGACAAACAAGCAGGAGAUUGCAUUGCUCGCUUGUUGCAUCUGCCCAAACCUGAUCCACGAGUCCCUGAUGAAAUGCUAUAUGGACGUAUGGGGUACUUAUCUGCUCUGCUGUUUGUGAACAAACAUUUUGGAGAAGAAAAGAUCCCUCAAAAUCAUAUCCAACAGGUCUCUGAGGCAGUUAUGGCAUCUGGUGAGAAUCUGGCCAGAAAGCGAAACUUCACAGCUAAGAGCCCACUCAUGUAUGAAUGGUACCAGGAGUAUUAUGUAGGAGCAGCCCAUGGGCUAGCGGGGAUUUAUUACUACCUCAUGCAGCCUGGUCUUGGUGUGAGUCAAGCAAAGUUGCAUAACAUGGUCAAGCCAAGCGUGGAUUAUGUCUGCCAGUUAAAGUUUCUCUCUGGCAAUUACCCCCCCUGCAUCGGAGACAACAGAGAUUUGCUGGUCCAUUGGUGCCAUGGUGCACCCGGUGUUAUCUACAUGCUUAUUCAGGCCUAUAAGGUGUUUGGGGAACAGAAGUAUUUCAGUGAUGCUUUGCAAUGCGCUGAUGUGAUAUGGCAGUUGGGGCUACUGAAGAAAGGAUACGGGCUGUGCCACGGUACUGCAGGCAACGCAUAUGCCUUCCUGGCGUUGUAUAACCUUACUCAAGACAUGAAAUAUCUCUACAGAGCUUGCAAGUUUGCAGAAUGGUGUUUAAGUUAUGGGCAACAUGGAUGUCGGACACCAGACACUCCUUUUUCCCUUUUUGAAGGAAUGGCUGGAACAAUAUAUUUUCUUGCUGAUCUGCUGAUACCAACCAAAGCCAAAUUCCCAGCUUUUGAACUAUAAAUUCCUUCUCAGCCAAUACUAAAUACUGACAAGACGUUGGUUGCACUUCAGUUCUCUGGAAAAGGCAGAUUAAGUAGGGUAUCGUCUCAGUUCUUGGCUAAUAAAUUCAAACCCUAAGAGGAGGAGUAUUAAUGUUUUACAUUCUUUUCUGUGUCUGAUCUACUUUUAAAAGCUGCUAGCCUUUUUUUCUAAGCACUCUAGGUUCAGAAUACAGUUUUGUCUGUUUUACUGAAGGGGUUGCAACUUGACUAAUGUUUUCGGAAGAUAAAAAGGAUAAUAUAUUUGGAGCUCAAUUAUUUUUCCUUGCUUCUUUAGUAGCUAUGGGACAGAUCUUAAAAUUACUAUCUGGCAAGAAAGAUUUCUUGUGUUGAAUCUCCAAGAGACUGCAGGGGCUAUGGCUAACAGAAGAAUUUAUCAAAGCCCUUUCUGAAACAUACAUCCUUCUGAUUUCUGUGCACAUUUGUUGUUGAAACAAAUGUACUAUUGUUUUAUUAGCAACCUGUCACCAAGCUUAUAACCCUUGGAUAAAUAUCCAUGCCUUCAAUGAAUGCUUUAAAGCUCUUUAUAGCACACAUUCAACAGGAAUUGGGUACAUCUAGAUAUAUUUACUGUUGCAUUUUUCUUUAUCUGUAACAGGUUAGAACAAAUGUGGAUUCUCUAUAGCAUAGGAGGAGUCUGAAAUCUUUUUGUAAAUAGCUACCCAUCACUCAGACUUUACCGGUAGCCUGGUGUUAGCUUGAGUUAAGGUAAAAUGUCAACUAUACUUCAGAAAAUGUUGAAACGAGUCUUCUCACAUAUUUAGAUUAGCACUUGGCUGACCUUGCCAUGCAAGUACUGUAAUACGCAUAAUUAAAUGAGAUAGGUAGCUGACUGCUUUGCAGCUCCAAAUGAAUUAUUGAAAGAGACUGUUCCUUAGUUUCUCCCACCUUAUAUUGGCAUAAAUUACUUCGAGGUUGCAAUUCUUACCAAUAUGGAGCGAAAAAAAAGAGACUGUGUUACUUAGAUGUUCAUCAUAACUUUCAGAUAGCAACAUUCAGUACAGUGAAUAUCAUCUGUGUGGUAUGAAUAUCUUGUUCCUUUGACUUUUAGGUAAAGUAUAAGCAUUGUUUAUGUGGCUAAUUAAUUUGAAGCCUUUGAAACAUACUCUAGCCUGCUUGUUGCUAAGGUUCAUUGAAUUAAAGCUGUUUUGGACAAAUA